CGAAGUAGGUGAGGCGCCGCGGGGCGAUGCGCAGCACGCCCAGGUUGUUGUACAGCGCCGAGGCGCUGUUCUUGGUCUGGAUGCUCUUCUCCUUGUGAUACAUCGGGGCGGCCUUCGGGGUGGCUUGGUGUCAGUGCGCUUAAAUGUAGAGAAGCCGAACAUUCCAUUAUGAUGCAAAUGCGAUGUCACCCACAUUGAUGCAAUGAUCAAAGGAUCCCUCCUGUGAUCUGUGAUCUCAUCGCAUAUAACAGCAUUCAAGAAAACCUGGCGAGAGUAUCCGCAUGUCAUCCGUCCCAGUGACCCCCGCUUCCAGCGCAGAAGAUGGCACAGAGGGCUGCUAUUCCUGGUCGCUUAAAUCCCGCCAAAUUGAUGAACGUUUUAGUCCAGGAGGAAGCAGAUGAGACAGUGGGGGAGAUUGUGGAUGAACAGAUGAGCAAGGUCAUGGCAGGCUGUUUGACAGUGGACAUGGAAAGACAGCUAGCAUCUUUUUCUGCAUCUUGGGCUGUGAGCUACCUCACACGGAUUCUAGAGCAACAGAUCAUGUGCCCUGACGAAGGAGAAGGUCCAAGGGAAGCAUCUAAAACUGAAGACUCUGAGCCUUUGCCGGCAACUGCCGAUGCCUGGGCUCAAGGAUGUGCGCCUGCCUCUCCUCAAUCCUGCCCCGCUGCGGCACAAAGGGAGGCUGAUAUUGUUCAGGUCCCAGCACAACCAGAGCCAAGAGUCAACCAGCAAUGUAAUGGUAUAGCCCAGACAGACAGCUCUCUAAAGUCAUCUGACAAGGAAACAAGUGGCUGGAGGCCUGUCAAUAAAAAGAAAUGCAGAGUGCCUUGUCCUCGCUCCACACCAAAAAUUGACCUAAAGAAAAGGCAGCAGGUAAAUUUACCCCCUAAGCUCAUUCCAGGCAAAUUGCUGCCAGUCCUGCCAUGUCCUGCUAUUAAAAAGGAUGUGGAGGUAGAAGAUAAGAAUAGAGUAUAUUGUCUUUAUAACCAUAUGACUGGACCAUUAUAUCAGCCAAAGGAUUAUCAACCCAUACCAAGACUUGAUCCCUCAAGGCUGCCUCGACACUGCAUCCUACCUCAGUAUGAGAUUGUUGACAACAACUACACAAAUGCAAAUCCCAAAACACUAAGUGGACUAUCCAAGAUAGAACCAAAAUGUAAGCAACGGCCAACUGAGCGGGCCGCAGCUGCACUGACACCACUAACCAGCUCCAUGGAUUGGCCAGCAAAGUUUCUUAGGAGAAACGAGGAAGAGGUGGCUCUGAAGAAACUGUCUCCCUCUAGACGUGACCAGGAAGGGAUGGAGUUCUCUAGGUCUCUGAGGUUAGACACCAUGGUUUUGGCAAAGGGUGUUUCUAUCUGGGAUCCCCGAGCAAAUGAAGGUAUCCCCCUCAAAUUGAACUCUCCUUCCCAGUCUACCAAGCUGGGGCCAAUACGAAGUGAUACAGCCGUGUCACUCCCGUCACUUGUUCCGCUUUCCGCAGGCGGUCCACCUAAGGUCACCGCCCCAUUGUUUCAGUCCAAGAACUCACUGUAAAAUUUAGUGACAAUAUCUGUCUGUAGCUGUAUUUAGAACAGAAUGGGAUGUAUUUUAAUGAAAUAAAAACAAAUGACCAUUCAAAUACAG